CAUGGAUCUCUCGCUUUCUUCGCGUUCCCUUCCCGCUUCCCUGGUACUCAAAUUUCAACAUCGAGCUCUCAUUUCCUAGACUUCGUAUUUGAGGCAACGGAUCCUGAGGGGCUGAAAUAGGCCAAGAUGCUAAUGCAUUUUGACAGACGGAGGUCAUUUGCUGCCUGGCGUUUGAUGUGCUGUCGCGGGCGGGAGUCCCCAUGCGGAAGACACGAUGCUAGAAUUGGGUGAUAGUAAGAGUUUGAGGAUACCCGAUCGGCGUGAUGGUGGUUCAUGCGUCAUGUUCUCAGCUUGACAGGGAUGAAGUUGAAGAUCUCAUCGACGUGUGGCGUCGGGAUGAAUGUGAACAAGUGUGGCUCAGGCCGUCCCUUGACCGUUUCGUGAAGAGUGAGUCGACAUGAAAUGCGUCGGAUGCGGCGGUUCUCAGUCUCUUUCACUGCCACUUUUCGAGGGUAUAGAUCUUUCUUAAUUUCGACUAUCCACGUCCGCAAAACUUACUCAAACCGAAUUAAUCUAUCAAUCUACAACAUGCAUUUCUCAGCUAUUCUCCUCCCUGUCUUCCUCGCCUUCUCCGCCAUUGCCGACCCCCUCGCCUCUAACCCCGAUCCUCUUCCGCAAGGCGUCUCCUAUGCACGCCAAUACCGCCGUGAAGUCUCUCACCUCGCACCUCGUCUUGAUGUGGACCCCAAUCUCGUCUGCGGCUCUGGCUACGACGACUGCAAGAACGGAUGGUGCUGCGGAUCCGGCCAAAGCUGCGCCGGAACCCUGAACUCCAUCCCCGUUUGCAAAGACCCCAACUACACCUUCGGUAUCCUCAAAGGCACCGCCAUCGCCACCCCCUACAAGAACCUCGAAUCCGUCGCUGCAAGCAUGAGCCAGAUCCUGGCUAGCCUGACUGCAGGCCCUGCCGCAGGUGCUGCUGCUACGGGCACUACCGGCGCUGCGGCCGCUUUGAAUGUACCUGGUAACUUCGGGAAGGUGGCAACUGUGGUGUUAGGCGCUUGGGGGUUUGCUGGAUUACUGGGUGCUGGGUGGUUUUUGAUGUAGGAACGGAAUGGUUGAGUGAUGGCAAAGACGAAUUCAAAGAUGGGAAUACUCUGCGUGUGGAGAGAAG